UGCACUUUACUCUUUUUGUCUGAAUCUUAAUUGUCUCAAUCCACAGAACCUCAUCUCUUCUCAACCUCGUCAGCUUCUGUUCGAUCUUCUUUUUGUCUUCUUCAAUCUUCAAUCUUCAAUCUUCAACCUCGUCAACUCUGUCACAAAGCUGAUUGCUUGGAAUCGAAGAAAGAGAAGAUGAACAAUGGCAGAAAUUGCAGUCUCAGGAGCAAUAACUGUACUUGCCACGGUGCUACCAUUUCUCGACAAAAUAUCUUCUUCCGUCGGCGACCGUCGUAACAUUGAAGUAGUAGGAAAAUGGUUGAAUACUAUGAAAGCUUACCUGAAGGACACGGAAGGAAGAGAACAUACAGCAGGUUUGAAGGAUCGAGUUCAACAAGUGCAAGAUUUAGCAAAUGAGACUCAAGAUGCAAUUGAAGAGUUCAUGUAUGCAGUUCCUGAACACUUCCAUCAUCAUCUGAUCACGAAAUUUCUUCACGAGGUUGCUCACUCUGUUAAGGACCUUCCUGCACUGAGGCGAUUGUCCUCCCGCAUGGCAGAUAUCAAGCAAAAAGUCGACGACAUCGAACGCUUUGAUACACUUCGCAUUUGUCCCUCUCCAGUUGCUUUAAGUUCUACUACAGCUGGAGAGGUAUCAGAGACUUAUAAUUCAUUUUCCAGGAAUGACCAUCAUGUUCUUGUGGGCAUUCAGAGGCGUGUAGGGGCACUUCUUGAUCGUGUUUUAAGGGGAGAUCAGCCAAGGGAUGUAAUUUCAGUAAUCGGAGACCCGGGUUCAGGUAAAUCCACUGUUAUCCACGAAGUCUUUGAAAUGGUCAAAAAUAGUUUUGAAUGCAAUGCUUGGUUUUCUGUCUUUCCCUCUAGUAAGGACUUCUUAGAGAAACUUUGUCAGGAACUGGAAUUACCUUCUGACCCAGGAAGACCAAACAAAAAGAGUUUGCAGUUUCAUUUACAACAAAAAAGAUACAUCCUUGUCUUUGAUGGUAUUUGGUCUGAAUAUCAAUGGCGCAGCAUUAAAGAGUUACUUCCUUGUAAUAUAAAACAGGGUAGUAAAAUAAUCAUCUCCACUCGUAAUCGCAAUUUAGCUUCUAUUUGUACAAGCUCUCAUGAUUAUAUCUAUGAUCUCAACCUUAAUCCAUUAACAUGGGAAGAGGCGUGGGAGCUCUUCUGUACGAAGGUCUUUCAAGGUGAUAAAUGCCCGGAUCAUUUGGUUGAUUGGUGUGAGAAAAUUGUGAUAAGAUGUGAAAAAUCGCCACAUGCAAUUGUUGCAGUUGCCAAUUUCUUGUCAAAUAAGCCACGUAUUGGGACGGGGUUUAAGAAUGUACUUGAUAGCCUCGAAUGUGAACCAGGACAUCCUGUCUCUCUUUCCUGCUAUAAAAUUUUCUCGCAGAGUUAUUACCAUCUACUGCCCAACCUCAAGUCUUGUUUCUUGCACUUUCGCAAUUUUCCCGAGGGUCACUCUGUUACACGUGGAAGACUAAUCUGCCAAUGGAUAGGUUGUGGGUUCAUUGAGAAAAGAGAAUGUACAACUCUGGAGCAGGUGGCAUAUGAGUACUUAGAUGAGCUAGUUCAAAUGAGCAUGGUUUGUGUGACCAGUCGCAAUUCUGACGGACGAAUAAGGAGUUGUCGAGUUUCUAAUCUUGCAAGAGGGUUCAUCCUUUCCGUGUCUGAGAAGAACUUCAUUAAUGUUCUUAGAAGUCGAAGUGCCAGUUUGGAAGGUGAGAAACCCCGUCACUUAUCUCUUCACAAUUGCUGCCCCUCCAUGCUACAAAGGACAGACCUCUCUUAUGUUCGUACCUUUUCUAUGUUUGGGGGAGACAAUAUUUCAGAAUCAAUGGCCAAUGAACUUCUCAAAAACUUCAAGUUAAUGACAUGUCUAGACCUGGAAAAUGCAGCCUUGCAACAUUUUCCAGAAGUUGUCAACCUCACACUGCUAAGGUACUUAAGUUUGAGGAGUACAAGGAUAUAUUCAGUUCCAAAAUCUAUUAAGAAGCUUCUGAACUUAAUGGUUUUGGACCUUGGAAAUACUCUUAUCACCAAGUUGCCCAAGAUGACCCUUGAACUUCCUAAGUUGCUCUAUUUGUUUGUUGGUUGCCCAAAUGCUGAUGUAGGAGCACAAGUGUAUCUAGGAAGUAAGUGUUCCACUUCGUUGCAGAAGCUGUCGCUUAUCAAGGCAAACUAUAAGGAAAUAAGCAUUGUUAAAGAGUUGGGGAACUUCAUUGACCUGAGGAAACUAGGGAUCACAGAACUCAAGGAAAUAGAAGGAAAAUAUUUGUGUGCAUCCAUUGAGAAGAUGAAGCAUCUUUAUUCUUUAUCUGUGAGCUCAGCUAGCAAAGAGGUGUAUCUUGAUUUGAAAGAUAUGAAAAAGUCUCCUCAACUGCUUCAAAAACUAUCUCUUGGAGGGAGGUUGAAGGAAAUUCCAGCAUGGGUUGGUAAACUUGAUAAUUUGUAUAAAAUUGAGCUCAAAUGGUCAAAACUGCAAAACAGCCCACUUGAGGCCCUUCAUGCUUUGCCUUCUCUAAAGGAGCUACAACUGUAUGCUGCUUACACUGGUGUGUUUCUGGUAUUUAAUGCUCAUUCAUUUCUAGAAUUGAGGAUACUAGAAAUUGAAAAAUGCAACCGGUUAAACGAGGUAGUGAUUCUAGAACAAGCACUGCCUAAACUUCAGAAGCUGAUCAUAAGAAAUUGUCAAAACCUAGCCACGGUGUGCAUGACAAAGAAAAUGGUAAGCCAGCUUGAGGAAGCGCGUGUUCCAGAAGACUGUAUUAGAAUAAUAGAAGAAUGAGAAACAUUGUGGCUGAAGCAUCUUUGUGCUUGAGAUUGAAAGCUCUGAGAGAAGAAUUGAUGUAACAGUACAUUCAUGGAGUUGCGGAGGUUGGAUUGUUAACUAUUUAUGUAAUUCUUGGAAUUUUUCAUUGCAUUUGCAGACCUUUUGUUAUUAGAGAUUUCUAUUAUGUUAUUUUCUAUGGAUUUUAUAAGAGUGCUUGUA